CCUCUCUCAAAACACACUCAUCCUUAAUUUCCUUAUUCCCUGCGCUAUUACACAGAAGAAGCAAAACCCCAAAGUCUUUCCAACAGUGAUGGCUCCAUCUUCAAAUGGGCCACUUAAAGUUGCACUCACUGUGGCUUUCAUCCUUUCUCUAACGUUUCUACCUCCCAAAUCAGUUUGGUCGACGCCUGAACCGGUGUCUGGUGGCAGCGAUGAGCAAAGUGAAAUGGUGUUGGGAUCAAAGCCACCGGAUUGUGUGAACAAGUGUUUGAACUGCAAGCCUUGCGUAGCGACUCUUGUUAUUCCCUCCCAGUUCCACAAGAGGAUGAGUUUCACUGCAGCUUCUCGUGGAGAAGGGGAUGAUGAUAGCUAUUAUUUGCUUUCAUGGAAAUGCAAAUGCGGAGAUAAGCUCUUUCAACCUUGAAACGCCAGCCCCUAUGUUAAAUCUUUCUCUCCUCUUCUUCCAACAUAUGCCAUUACUUAGUAAAUUAAGAAACUGGGGUUCAGGUGUAUGAUCUUCCUUCUCCCCUCCUCCUCCUUCACUUCUUCUUCUUCUCCAUCCUUCCGUUCUUUUCCCUUUUUAAUUAAAUGUUAUGUAUAAU